CAGGCGCGGGGCGUGAGUCUCGAGUGAGACCCGCCAGGCUCCAACUCCGCAGCGCCGGAGCGCGGCGGGCAGCAACUUUCUCCCCGGAGCGGCCGUGGCGGCGGCUGCUGCCGUGGCAGCAGGAGCGGAAGCCGGGAGGAGGCAGGCGGCGGCUGUCGCUCCCGCCGGCUCGGGCUGUCUACUAGCUGGGACUGCCGGCCCGCGUAGCCUCGUCUCCCCCGGGGAGCCCCGGGCCCCUGCCCUAUGUCCCGCAAGGCGAGCGAGAAUGUGGAGUACACGCUGCGGAGCCUGAGCAGCCUCAUGGGCGAGCGGCGCAGGAAGCAGCAGGAGCCGGACGCGGCGAGCGCCGCCGGGGAGCGCAGCCUGCUGGCGGCCGCCGAGUCGAGCAGCAGCCUGCAGAGCGCGGGCGCGGGCGGCGGCGGCGUCGGGGACCUGGAGCGCGCGGCGCGGCGGCAGUUCCAGCAGGACGAGACCCCCGCCUUCGUGUACGUGGUGGCCGUCUUCUCCGCGCUCGGCGGCUUCCUGUUUGGCUAUGACACCGGGGUGGUGUCGGGGGCCAUGCUGCUGCUCAAGCGGCAGCUCAGCCUGGACGCGCUGUGGCAGGAGCUGCUCGUGUCCAGCACGGUGGGGGCGGCCGCCGUCUCGGCGCUGGCUGGCGGCGCCCUCAACGGCGUCUUCGGCCGCCGCGCCGCCAUCCUCCUGGCCAGCGCUCUCUUCACCGCCGGCUCCGCGGUGCUGGCCGCGGCCAACAACAAGGAGACGCUGCUCGCCGGCCGCCUGGUCGUGGGGCUCGGCAUCGGCAUUGCUUCUAUGACAGUGCCCGUGUACAUUGCGGAGGUCUCACCACCCAAUUUAAGAGGCCGAUUAGUCACCAUUAAUACCCUGUUCAUCACAGGAGGGCAGUUCUUUGCAAGUGUUGUUGAUGGAGCCUUCAGUUAUCUCCAAAAGGAUGGAUGGAGGUACAUGUUGGGACUCGCAGCGAUUCCAGCAGUUAUACAGUUUUUUGGCUUUCUCUUUUUGCCUGAAAGUCCUCGAUGGCUCAUUCAGAAAGGACAGACUCAGAAGGCCCGUAGAAUUUUAUCUCAGAUGCGUGGUAACCAGACCAUUGAUGAGGAGUAUGAUAGCAUCAAAAACAACAUUGAAGAAGAGGAAAAAGAAAUUGGCUCAGCCGGACCUGUGAUCUGCAGAAUGCUGAGUUAUCCCCCAACUCGCCGAGCUUUAAUUGUGGGUUGUGGCCUACAAAUGUUCCAACAGCUCUCAGGCAUUAACACCAUCAUGUACUAUAGUGCAACCAUUCUGCAAAUGUCUGGUGUUGAAGACGAUAGACUCGCAAUAUGGCUGGCUUCCGUUACGGCCUUCACGAACUUCAUUUUCACACUGGUGGGAGUCUGGCUUGUUGAGAAAGUGGGCCGCAGAAAGCUUACCUUUGGUAGUUUAGCAGGUACCACUGUAGCACUUAUUAUUCUUGCCUUGGGAUUUCUGCUGUCGGCCCAAGUUUCCCCACGGGUCACUUUUAAACCAAUAGCUCCGUCAGGUCAGAACACUACUUGCACAAGAUACAGUUACUGUAAUGAAUGCAUGUUGGAUCCAGACUGUGGUUUCUGCUACAAGAUGAACAAAUCAACUGUCAUUGACUCCUCCUGUAUUCCAGUUAAUAAAGCAUCUACCAAUGAGGCAGCGUGGGGAAGGUGUGAAAAUGAAACCAAGUUCAAAACAGAAGACGUAUUUUGGGCUUACAAUUUCUGCCCUACUCCAUAUUCCUGGACUGCACUUCUGGGCCUUAUCUUAUAUCUUGUUUUCUUCGCACCUGGAAUGGGACCAAUGCCUUGGACUGUGAAUUCUGAAAUAUAUCCCCUUUGGGCAAGAAGUACAGGAAAUGCAUGUUCAUCUGGAAUAAACUGGAUUUUCAAUGUUCUGGUUUCAUUGACAUUUUUGCACACAGCGGAAUAUCUUACAUACUAUGGAGCCUUCUUCCUCUAUGCUGGAUUCGCUGCUGUGGGACUCCUUUUCAUCUAUGGCUGUCUGCCUGAGACCAAAGGGAAAAAAUUAGAGGAAAUUGAAUCACUCUUUGACAACAGGCUAUGCACAUGUGGCACUUCAGAUUCUGAUGAAGGGAGAUAUAUUGAAUAUAUUCGGGUGAAGGGAAGUAACUAUCAUCUUUCUGACAAUGAUGCUUCUGAUGUGGAAUAAUUUUCAGCUGCUGAUAGAUGUAGUUAUUUAAACAAACUUGGGGGAGAAGAACAGCAAUUGGUGACCUCACUGCCGUGCUUCUAAUCUGGUUCUUUCCACAGUCUAGUUUUGAACGACUUCAUAUUCUAGAAUACUUGAUUAGGAGGAAGAUACAACCAUGAUGACUUUUUUUUUCAUGAGCAGGAAUACAAAAAAUAUAUAUUUACAGAGAUUUUAAUCUAAUAAUUGUUGAGCAAAUAUGUGUAAUCCCUUCUUGAGAUAGUCUAAAAUGAAUACUGUACCCAGUGACUUCAGUGGUAUCCUUUUUUCCUAAGACCAUAUAUAAUUUUAGUGGCAACAGAGUCAGUGCUAAUCUAACCAAAUUACAUAUAUAUUCAUAAAGAAUUAUUUCACAUGGCAUUCUCCACAUGAAAAAAAAAAUUCUGGGAGAUGGUCCAAGGAUGUUCUAUGUCAAAACAUUGCCUAUUGGCCCUAAAUUUUCCUAAGAGGUAGUGGCUUAUCUGUGAUCAGCUGUCAGAAAGUAAAUUCCAUUUAAGCUUUCAUCAGCAAAUUCAAAAGUGCCUCCUACAAGGGCACAGUUAUCCUUUCUCCUUUGGAUUCCAAGUUUUGAUUUCUCUCUCUCGAAUUCAGAGAUUGAGAGUUCUUCAGAAACUGACUCUGCACAGGAUCUUUUGAAUAUAUCAAAAAGCAAGUCUUUUAGGGGUUAUUUUCACACAUGUUUUUUGCAUCAGUUGUAAGUAUACUUUUGCACAGAUAAGCUAGCAAGUUUUGGUAAGAAAAUUGUCAGAAAAUAACAAAAGAUUUUUAUGGAUUCCUAAUUGGUUAGUCACUUAGAUAUGCAACUGUAAAUGCAAAAUAGUGCCAGAUAUUUAACUAUAUAUCAGGGUCAGUUUUUGUUCAUGCCAAAAUCACCACACCUUCCUCAUUGGCCCUGGAGUCCUAUUCUGUGCCUUCAUUUGUGUUAUAUAAAUAGCUGCAUGCAGACUAUUUUUCCCUUUUGGUCAAACAAUAAUUUCAGAAACAAAAAAGAGGAAGGAAAUCAGUGGCAGAAAUAAUCCUGUUGUUAUUGAUGUUUAAUUAAAAUAAUGGGACUUAUUUUUUUCUUAACUUUUUAUUAACUCUUCCUAAGGGAACUGUCACAUUUUAUUACUUGUCUUUUUUACUCUAAGAGCAUAAACUAUAGUUUUAAUUUUGCACACCUUUUCUCAUUUAAAAAAAAUACAUAGAUUUGUCUAGGUGUUUUCGUUUUCUCAUUCUUGGCUUCAAUUUUUUUCCUUUUGGUCUAAGAUUGGGUUCCCUAUUGCAUUAAUGUUUCUAAUAUAGUAUGUCUAUAAAAAAUGCUGACUUACAUUUCUGCAAUGUCUUUCCAAAGUCUUCACUGGUUUUUAAAGUCAUUUCAUCACAGAACUCUUAAUUUUUGCUCUUCUGUUAAGAACUGUAUAGUAUGUAUAAAAUUACUUGCUAGUUCCAGUAAAAAUAUGAAUGAAUCUUCUGUGUUAGGAAUGCAUCAGUUUGAUGCAUUUUAAAAUACUCUAAACAUUUAAUAAGGUACUAUAUUUGGGGAGAAAAGGUGGAUAUCUAUAAAUUCAAAGUCUAACUUGUCCUUGUCACAAUUAUCAAGCUAAGAAUAUAGCUGUGGAAGUUCAUUCUCUAAGUCACUAAAGGUAAAAUAUGUGCUUAACCAGUCACAUUAGUGCCCUAAAAAUCCUUCAACCAAAAAAAAGUUUUCUCCCUUUGGUCAUUUCAUAUAAUAAAAAAAUUUAAUAUUUUAGAGUUCCUUGAAUUAGGUGCUUUGAAAAUUGAUUUUUAAGGGGAUGUUAAUAUUGAUUUUCCCCCAGAAAAGCAGCUAUUAUUUAAUAAAAAAAAAUAUUAUUAUACUGAUAUUUCAUACCCAUAAGAAAUUUCUUAUCUGUGUAUUUUACACAGGUAAAGUGAAGGGAAAAAAUGAGCUCUUGUAUGAUACAGUCAGAAUAUGUUGGGAAGAAAAAACAUUUAGACCAAUAAAGUGCUCUCUAAAAAUUUAUUUUUCUGAUUUACCCAAAUAAUUGCCUCAAUUCUUCUCUUUAUUGUAUACAUAGCCUUAACUAUAUGCUUAUAUUUCAGCUGGGCUGAUGCACAGUAACUUUACUAAAGGAGCAACUGGACUCUUAUUAUUUCCUAAAGCAGAACAUGGCCUGUUCUCCCUGACAUAAAAAAAAAAUGUUUUCAACUUUAUAUCCAUAAAUGCACAUAAUAACAGGGAAAAUUAGCCACAGUUCUCCUCUCCCUUUCUCCUCAGCCCCUUCUUUAAAGGACUAUUUGUUAUUUAUAUAGUGAUAAAGAUAAUAUUCUGUAUCUUUGAAGUAUAAGACAGAGAGGCACAGUAUAAGAAUUAUUUAUAACUUUUUAGAAACAAAUAACUACUUGAAAAGGAACCUUAUACAAUUAGGGUAUUAUUUUUAGAUUUGGUGAACAUUUAUAGUAUAUUAAAAAUUAAAUGUUUAAAUUUUGCAGGUUUUUUUAUAUUAUGCACCUUUUAAGUUCUCAGUGUCUUUGGCUACUGCUAUCAACUUGAAAACAUUCCAUUGGAAAUAUCAUCAAAUAUAUAUUUUAUAGGACAAUUUAUAUAAGAUACGAUUUACCUACCAUAUUAAAACACAGAUUAAGCAUCACACUUUCAACUGAAAUUAUAGGUUUCCUUCUAAACAUGCUACAAAUUUAAUAGAACUAUAUUAUGUUUUAGGAAAAUAUAGUGAAGGUGGUCCUGGUACCUACUGAGGCUUAGCUGGAUGGCUGAUCUGCACUAGACAUAAGAGAAUAUACUAUUUCGUCUGCAUAUAAAAACAUAGGGCUGAAUGUAAUGUUAAAAAGAUUUGCUGUUAAUAUUUUUCUUCAAUGUAAGUAAACAUUCCUAAUAGUUUUGACUGUUGCACCUAACCUAAUCAUUACCCAAAACAUGAGUAUUUUUAAUAUGUACAUGUAGAAGAUCUAAAUAAUAAAAGGUAAUGUUUCUGUUUUAAAUUUUGUUCCCAGCCAUAUGCAGUAGUUAGUUCCCUGAUAGAAAAUGAUAUGAGAAUAAUGCUGCCAAGUGCUUUUUCAUAAUUUAAUUUUACCUCUCAACCAGAUUUUAAUACAGAAGAGUUUUCUAAAUAUUAUUUAAUUUAUUCACUCUAAAAUGGGAAAUCAGUUAAAGCAAGGAAGUUAUACAUUUUUUACUAUAAUUUCAGUAUCUUAUACAGGGAAAAAUAAUCAGGAAAAAUAUAAGAUGGCAACUUACCCUUUCGCUUUUAAAUAGCAAAGUAAAAAUUGAAAAUGUAUUCUAAUAACCCACAGAUCCAGAAGGUUGGGGGAGUGGAAGGAUAUUUUAGAAAACACUAUCCAUAUGUUUAUCUAAGAAAGUCUCACAUUUUAUAAUUUAAAGACACUAAUAUAGUUCAUAAAUACUGUAAUACAGUGAGGAGAGUUGGAGGAUUAUUUUGAUUUUAUUUCAUCAACAUAAUUAAAAAUAAAGUUAAUGGGAUGGUUUCUUAUCAGGUUUUUGUUUUUUGCCAUUUUCCAAGUUAUAAAAUACUAAAUAUCUAACAACUGACUUUCAGUCAGUCAGUUGUGACAAGUUUUCAAUUACCAGAUUAAUACCUUUUCUUAGGAAUAAAAGAAUUAGAUGACAUACCAGGCCAGGAGCAGAGAAUUCAUAAUAUGUGCUUCAUAGCAAAAUGUAUUAAAUUAGGGGUAAAAUUUACAGCUCAUAUGUAACAGCUACCAAUAAGACUCAGAAUUGUUCUUUACAUUAAUUUUAAUGUCCUGUUUCCUGUCACUUUCAUCAAUCUUCUUAGCCUUGUGUACAAUAACAUUAAGCUAAUUUGAUGAAGUGGUUCAGGUUGUAAUAGCGUAUAAAUUAUCGGUACAUUCAGUUCUUCUAGGUGAAUAAUAUUGCUGCUAUUUUCUAGAAAUAGCAAUCAUUUAAAAAUGCCAAACAGCUAACUGCUACCAACUCUUUCUUGUAUGUUGUCUCUUAAUUUAAAGAAGGAAAUUUUUGAGUGCCAGUAAUCAUCAGAGAGGUGUUUUGUAAGAGUGUUGAUGUUCAGGAGUACAUGAAAGUAUUUCAUCCUUAUAAUUUGCUUGUGGGUAUAAAAUAUAAUUUCUAUAAAUCUUUAUAUAUGUAUAAAAUAUGGUCUGUUGUACUUGAGUAAUUUGGUGUAUAAAAUUUUAAAUACCGUAAUUUGAGUAAUAUUCAGAUUUUUAUGUUAGACAUUAAGUUCAUGUGUUUGAUUUUGUCAUAUUAUGAAUGAGAAAAAGAAGUGGACCAUGCAGCUAACUGGUACUUAAAAUUGAAAGCCAAUACUUUGUAAAGUUUUAAAAUUUUAGCAAAUUUAACAUUAUUCCAUCUCAUUUAAAGGUUAAAAAGAUGAAAUUUAUCUCUAGCCAAAGUAGACAUUUAUAUUCUACAUGUUCAAACUGUUUCCUAGCAGCUUUUGGACUAUAUCUCAGUUGGCGUUAUAGUAUCUUUUAUUUGUAAUAAAUGUUCAAAUUUCUAUUUAGAAGCUCUAAUGUACAUCUAGAUUAAGUCAAAACAGUUUUAUGCUUUUAAAAUAUAUGUAUUUCAAACUGUAUAUUUUAAUUUCUGAGUGCAUGUUAUAUAGUGUUUAAUACUUCAGAUGUCUUGGCAAAUUCAAUAUAAAUAUUUAUUCCCAGAAGUGACAUAUGGGAUAUCUCUUAAAAAUUAUGAAUAUGUACCAUUUCCUUCAAAGUCAUUCUAGCCUAUGCUGUAUCAAAAGUAUUGUAUAUUUUAUGGAGAUUUAGUGAUAUACAUGUAAAUGUUUUUUAAGUUAUUUUAUUGAAGUUCAAGCUUUACAUAAAAUUAAAAUCUUUUUUUUUUUAAAAAAGUGUCAGUGCCAGAACUGUAAAUGAAAAUAAUCAAAUAAAAGUUAAAUAAUUCAUUACUCAUU